AUGGUCCUCUGCACCAGCAUCCUAGAUAUCCCUUUUAUUAAGAGACCUACUAACUCUGAAGCUAGGGUUGAAAAAAAAGAAAUAGAUAAGCAAAAAAAAAAGGAAAAUAAAAAGGCGAACAAUAAAAAAAGAAAGUACAUUCAUGAAAAUUCAAGUGAUAAAGAGAAUACAGUAUCUACCGAAGAAAAUCCUAUCAAAAAAUCUAUCAAGAAAAAUUCUAUUAAACGACUCCUUGACGAUAUUGUUUUAUUAAAAGAAAUAUUAAUCGAUUUUUUAAAAUCAAGGUCAGGUUACUCACUAUGGACAGCAAAUGAAGCAGUACUUCAGGCCAUUACAGAAAUUCUACUACCCAAUAAUAGGGUUUCUGAGUUAUGCUUGGUGAUGAAUCCCACUAAACCCAAAUACGAUGGUUUAAUCAGAGGAAUCAAAAACAAUUGGAACACUUCACCAACAACUGAGGAACUAAUACAAUUAGAUAAGUUGAUUGAGAAUGAAAAUGAGGCCACACUCCUGGCAAGAAACAUUAUGUUUUGGGCAAAGGAUGAAAAGUGUCCGAAGAUUACAAUGUUAAAUAAUAUUUUGUCAUCGGCGAAGCAACAAGUAUUAAGGUACAUGAAAGUUAUUGGAAACGAACCAGUCCAAAAGGACAAACCUG